CUCAAGCUUUAUUUUUUAUUAUUAUCAACAACAAUAAAUAUAAACUUCAAAAUGAUGAAUAUCGAUGAGAGUUUCAAUGAUGAGGCGACAGCAGAAACCUUUGUGGAAGAAGAAAAGGAAAAACCAAAAGAAAAGACUGUUAGCGCUAAAUUGAUGCUUACUGAAGAACAGCAACGUGAUUUGCUUGAAGCGUUCAAUCUGCUCGACUAUACUGGUGAGGGAAAAAUCAAGGCGGAAGACUUUCGUGUAGCCAUCAAAGCUUUAGGAUAUGAACCUACCAAAGAAGAGUUGCAGAAGAUGGUUAACGGCGUUGACAAAGGAAAUACAGGAAGGCUCAGUUUUGAGAACUUUCAAACGGCCAUUAUGAGAAAAAUUAUGUCGCUGGACAACGAUGGAGAUAUAAUGAAGAGCUUUCGUCUAUAUGACAUGGAUGAUACUGGGUUAAUAAGUUUCAAUAAUCUUAAGAAAGUUACACGUAUACUUGAAAUUCCUCAAACAGAUGAAGAGAUAGAAGAAAUGAUAGAUGAUGCAGAUACGGACAUGAAUGGCUUUGUUUCAGUGGAGGAGUUCAUGAAGAUUAUUAAAAAUUGUGUCCAUAUAGUAACACCCUGAAAAUUUUCUACCCAUUUCUACCUCAAAUUGGCUAAUUUAUUUUAAUGGCAACAAGUAGCAGUUGAGAACUUACGAAGAAAUGCAGAUUUAAAUAUUUAAAUUAUUUAAUUUAUACUUUAUUGUGAUUCACUGUUAAUUUAAAUAAUAUAGUGUGUUAGUCCAUCCUGUAAUUAUUUUAUAAAACCUGCACGUAUUUCAAAACGGGAUUUUCUUAUGUUUUGUGUACAAAACAAAGUGAUUAUAUUUCCCUCCGAAAGUAGGAUGACAGAUGUGGAAUGGAAUCGGGGUUUUUCUACAUUGAUUUUUAUCCUAUUCUUUAUUUAUGCUUAUGGCAACAUUUACAUGAAACGAAUUA